GUUAUCACAAGGGUAAUGAGUUGCCAUACAUUAUGAGAUGAACAUCUGGAGAUGGUCUGUCUUCAUAGUACUUGCAUAGUGAAGGGAGAAGUUCUAAAUUGCGUAGUUUGCAUAGACGAAAGACACAAAGGUCACAAAAUGAUUCCCCUGUAGAAAUUACUAAAUCUAAUUAAAAAACAAGAAUCCUUAAUCAUGUUAGUAACUAUUACAUAAUCUACAUUUUCAAGAACACUCUACACCAAUCUCAACACUCGGAGAUGCAGAUUGCCCAAUUAAAUAAAUUGCAAGAACAAAUUAAUUAGGCAAUUUAAAAACAACGAGAAUUGGUUGAAUAACAACUCAAAUUUGAUAAAAGUACGUUGGCAUCGUAAAUUUAGUUAUUAUAUCAUACUAGCUUAUGGCAUCGAUUAAUGAGGAAAAGCUGUUAGGCUAACUUAUAUAAAAAUUGUUACUCAAACUUGAAUACAACCCUAGAGCAUAGUAAUUGAUCACAAGAACUGAGUAAUUAAAAGAAGAACAGCCAUAAAUUACCUAAUUCUUGAUGAAUCUUACAAAUUUUAAGGACACUUUAAAAAUCUCAAUUCAGGACACAUAAUUAGUACAAGCCUCUAGAACAAGUAGUACCUACAGACAAAUUAGAAAUAACUCAAUCAACACUGAAGGCUAUAGAACUAUGAGAUCUUUUGAUCGUUCUCCCUUGUCUCCUUAACCAUUUGAAGACAGACUUUCUGUUACUCAAUCUUUGUCCAAUUAAUAUUACAGACCAAAUUCAUAGGGAAAACCGAUUAUUGGAGAACCUAGUCCACCUCCCCCGAUGAGAGAAAUAUCUUAUAAGUUUCAUUCUGAGUACCAUGGUAUUGGAGCUUAAGUUAAAGGAAAGCAGGUCAAAUAAGUUUUAAAUACUGAAGGCAAUUUGGCUUUGAUUGGUCCAUCAAUAUAUGGAAAUGGUUUGAUUCGAGAUAGUAAUCUCAAAUUAUUGAUCAGAUCCUGUUAAAAUUAAAAUAUAAGAUAUCCUAUGGCCUUAGGAAUAUGUGAUUAAAAAAGAGUCAAAGAAAAACUGUAUCAAAAGGAUUCAGAAGGAUGUUAUUUUCUGAAUUCUCAUGGUUACAUUACUUCUGAGAACUAGAGUAAAGUUAAGUGUGGGAAACGCUUUUAUAAUGGAAGUUAUGUGGAGUUGAAGUUCAAGCCUUUUUAAAGUGAGUUGCAUAUAACCAUAGAUGACGGAGAGCCCAUAAUAAUUAAAAUUUCAUUAAGCCAAACUAAAUUGAUUUAUUUCACCGUUAGAUUAGGAGAUUUGCAUGAUGCUAUUGAAAUUAUGUGA